AUGACAGGCCAGAGGAAACUGGGCCAUGGCCUAGCUAAAGUCCUCGGCAUCAAACUAGACGACCAAAACCAAGACCGCCCAGAAACAAGUGAUCAAUCGGUCCUCUCAUCACAAAGCGGCAGCUCAUUCUACGAAACCGAGCCCACAUCAGCAGAAUGGGUCAAAGAACAAAUUCCGUCCAAAGAAGAUCUCAUCACUUACGGUGUUUCAUUAUUCCCAUUCUCAAAUUGGAUCAGUCACUAUAAUCUGCAGUGGUUUGCAGGUGACUUGGUCGCUGGUAUUACGAUUGGCGCAGUUGUGGUACCACAAGGAAUGGCUUAUGCCAUGCUUGCCAACUUGGAACCACAGUUUGGUCUUUACUCAUCCUUCAUAGGGGCUUUGAUCUAUUGGAUAUUUGGGACAUCUAAGGAUAUCUCGAUUGGUCCUGUUGCUGUUCUUUCUACUGUUGUCGGCAACGUUGUUCAUGACAUUCAGAACUCUGGGCAAGACAUACCGGCUCAUGUCAUUGCAUCCGCCUUGUCCAUCUCCGCCGGGUUCAUUGUUCUUGUUGUUGGAAUGCUCAGGUGUGGAUGGAUUGUGGAUCUCAUCUCUAUUACCUCACUCUCAGCUUUCAUGACUGGCUCUGCUAUCACGAUCUGCGUUGGCCAACUACCAGCCUUACUUGGACUAUCCGGCUUUUCGACUCGAGAAUCACCAUACAACGUCUUUAUGAACACUAUCGAGCACUUGGGAGAGGCGAGCUGCGAUGCUAUCAUCGGGUUAUCAGCCUUAUCUAUCUUGUACCUUUUCCGACAGGGGUUUACGGCCGCGGCCGAGCGAUACCCCAAGCAUAAAAGGCUCUUGUUCUUCACCAAUACCAUGCGAACGGUGUUUGUUAUCUUGACAUACACGAUCAUUAGUUGGGCUUUGAACAGACACAGACGAGAAGAUCCCCUCUUCAACAUUCUAGGAGCUGUGCCUACAGGGUUUCAAAACGUUGGAGUGCCCAAGAUCACGACAGAGCUGAUUUCGGAUUUCGGCCCCUAUCUGCCAGCAACCGUUAUAGUCUUACUUGUCGAGCACAUAGCCAUCUCGAAAUCCUUCGGGCGAGUUAACAACUACACGAUCGAUCCCUCGCAAGAAAUGGUUGCUAUUGGAAUGGCCAAUCUCAUUGGGCCCUUCGUUGGGGCGUUUCCAUCCACGGGAUCUUUUAGUCGCACUGCAAUUCAGUCCAAGGCUGGCGUGCGAACACCUGCUGCUGGCAUAGUUACUGGACUGGUUGUUCUGCUUGCAACAUACCUGUUGACGACUAUCUUCUUCUACAUCCCAAGUGCGGCUCUUGCAGCUGUUAUCAUACAUGCAGUUGGUGAUCUCGUUACGCCUCCAAACACCAUCUAUCAGUUCUGGAGAGUUUCACCAGUCGAGGUGUUCAUUUUCUUUACCGGAGUGAUCGUUAGCAUAUUUGCCCAUAUCGAAGCCGGACUUUACGCCACCGUUCUCUUUUCAGGCGCUGUGCUCAUAUAUCGAAUUCUCAAGGCGCACGGCAGGUUUUUGGGCAAAGUCAAGGUUCACUCAGUCAUUGGGGAUCAUGUCAUUGGCGACGAUCACCGCAAAGUCGUCGGGAAGUUUGGGACGACGGAGAAUCUGGAUAUUUCCGCAAGAAAUGUGUUUCUGCCGCUCGAUCAUGACGACGGCUCAAACCCAGAAGUCGAAGUCGAUCAUCCAUACCCUGGAAUCUUCAUCUACAGAUUCUCUGAAGGCUUCAACUACCCGAACGCCAAUUCUUCUCUCGACUAUCUUACCGAUUUUAUCCAGUCAAACACACAACGAAGCAGCCCCGAAGCAUUCGAGCGACCAGGAGAUCGACCAUGGAACAACCCAGGCCCGAGGAAAUCUGCCAAGCGACCUGCUCACGUGGAUCCAGACUCGACGCUCCCGACAUUGAAGGCGGUGGCUAUGGAUUUUAGCUCCGUUAACAAUGUUGACAUUACGGCUAUACAGCGAUUGAUCGAUAUACGAAAUCAACUUGAUUCCUAUGCCUCUCCUGAUGGAGUCGACUGGCACUUCGCAUGCAUUAACAAUCGCUGGACCAAACGGGCUCUCAUAGCAGCAGGAUUCGGAGUUCCUUUCAGACCCGAGGAAGAGGGAAUUCAUCGCAGAUGGAAAUCGAUUUUCAGCGUGGCAGAAAUUGGAGACAGAGACUCAGCUCUGAUCGAGGAAACGGACUAUCACGAUUUCACACCAGUCAUAGAGGAAGAGCCAUUGAUAGGAGGCAUGCCCUCUGCGCAAUCUUAUGGAUCUAUGUCAUCGGGAGAGUUAGAAAAGCAAAGACGGAGAGGUGCCGUGGUUCACGGUCAGAAUAAGCCGUUAUUUCAUGUGGAUUUGACGAGUGCUUUGCAAAGCGCCAUCGCCAAUGUAGAAGGGAGGCCGGCUCAGGAAUAA